UGUGAAGGAUUUUAAUGAGAACAGAUGCAGUAUCAAAGAAGCAGCUCUUGAUCUCACACUCUACUUCCUGAGAGAGAUGAAGCAAGAUGAAGCUGCUGAUACUUUAGAAGAUGAGCUUAUCUCUAUUCAUCAGCUAAAAUGUAGCCUAAAGAAAAAGUAUCAAUGUGUGUUUGAAGGAAUUGCAAAGCAAGGUGACUCUACACUUCUGAAUAACAUCUACACAGAUCUCUAUAUCACUCAGGGUUGUAGUGAACAGGUCAAUACUGAACAUGAGGUAAGACAGAUUGAAGUUUUUUCCAGACACCAUGAAUCACAAGAGAUACAAAUUGAGUGCACAAAGAUGUUUGAAACUUCUGAACAAGACAAGGAGAUCAGAACUGUACUGACAAAAGGAGUUGCUGGCAUCGGAAAAUCAGUUUCUGUGCAAAAGUUUGUUCUGGAUUGGGCCGAAGGAAAAGAAAAUCAAGAUAUCAGCUUCAUAUUUCCUCUUCAAUUCAGAGAGAUGAACUUAAAGGAGCAAGAAAAGCUAAGUUUUAUGGGCCUUAUAACUCAGUUUUUCCCUGAGACAAAAGGACUGAACCUUACAAGAAUAAAUAAAUUCAAAGUCUUGUUCAUCCUUGAUGGUUUGGAUGAAUGUCGACUGCCUGUAAACUUUAAGGAUAAUGAGACAUUGCGUGAUGUAUCUUCACCAACCUCUCUGGAUAUUCUCCUGACAAACCUCAUCAAGGGAAAUCUGCUUCCUUCUGCUCUCAUCUGGAUCACCAGCAGACCAGCAGCUGCCAGUAAGAUUCCUUCUGACUGCAUUGACCGGCUGACAGAGAUACGAGGAUUCAAUGAUGCACAAAAGGAGCUGUACUUCAAAAAAAGAUUGACAAAUGAGAAUCUGGCCAACAAAAUCAUUAAUCACAUUAAACAAUCAAAAAGUCUUUUUAUCAUGUGCCACAUCCCAGUAUUUUGCUGGAUUUCAGCCACUGUUCUCCACAACAUUUUGGAGGAGAAAAAAAAUGUUGUGAAAAACAAUCAGGCUGGUGACGCCUCCAAAACACUGCAGGGAUUAAAUACCGAGAACACUCCUAAGACUCUUACACAAAUGUACACUUUCUCCAGUUUCAGAUCCAGUCGCCAAAAGUAUGGUGGAGAAUACACACCAGAUGUUUCCUGGGAUAUGGAUUUCAUUCUUUCACUGGGAAAACUGGCAUUUCAUCAGCUGGAAAGAAACAAUCUGAUCUUCUAUCACACAGAUCUAGAAGCCUGUGGUAUUGACGUCAAUAAGACAUCAGUGUAUUCAGGCAUGUGUACCCAGAUCUUUAAGGAGGAAACAGGGAUCAUUCUCAUUCAAGAGUUUAUUGCAGCCCUUUAUGCACAUCUGUUUUUAGACAUCAACAAGAAAAAUAUUUUUGUUCAAGAUUCUACAGAACAGAAAAACAAAAGUAAAGCCAUGAUUGAUUUGCUCAAGACUGCAGUGGACAAGGCACUUGAAAGUGACAAUGGACAUUUGGACCUUUUCCUUCGUUUCCUUCUCGGUCUGUCACUCCAGUCCAAUCGUCGACUCUUAAGGGGUCUGUUGACACAGCAAGAUGACAAUGACAGGACCAAAAAGGAAAUUUUUCAGUACAUCAAGCAGAAAUUUGAAGCUAAUCUGUCUCCAGAGAGAUCCAUCAAUCCGUUCUAUUGUCUGAAUGAACUGAAUGACCAAACUCUGGUGCAAGAAAUUCAGACCCACCUUAAUGAAGGUCUUUCAUUUACUCAUCUUUCACCUGCACAGUGGUCUGCUUUGACCUUUGUGUUGUUGACAUCAGAGAAGGAGCUGGAGGAGUUUGAGCUUCAAAAAUUCAGGAAAUCAGACAAGUGUCUCAUUAGACUAUCAGCAGUCAUCAAAACCUCCAAAAGAGCGAUGUUAAAUAAUUGUAAUUUAACAAACAAAAGCUGUUCAGCUCUGGCUACAGUUCUUGGAUCAGAUACCAAUCUGAAAGAGCUGAACAUGAACAAUAAUAAUCUGCAGGAUUCUGGAGUGAAGCUGCUCUGCACUGGACUGAAGAAUAUACAGUGUAAAUUGGAGAUUUUGAGACUUUCAAACUGCAGUAUCACUGAAGAAGGUUAUAAAGCUCUGGCUUCUGCUCUGAGAUCAAACUCUUCACACCUGAUAGAGCUGGAUCUCACAGGAAAUGAUCCUGGACAAUCAGGAGUAAAGGAGCUCAAUGAUUUACUGCAGGAUCCAAACUGUCAACUGAAGACACUGAGACUUUCCGACUGCAGUAUCACUGAAGAAGGUUAUAAAGCUCUGGCUUCUGCUCUGAGAUCAAACCCUUCACACCUGAUAGAGCUGGAUCUCACAGGAAAUGAUCCUGGACAAUCAGGAGUGAAGGAGCUCAAUGAUUUACUACAAGAUCCAAACUACACACUAAAAAAGCCAAAUGUAGACCAUUCAGGGGAGGAUGGUCUUACGGGAGGACCCCGCAGAUAUUUCUGUUAUCUCACACUGGAUCCGAACACGGCACACAAUAAUCUCAAGCUUUUAGAGAGCAACAGAAAGUUGACAUGCAGUGGAACAAUGUCAUAUCCUGAUCAUCCAGAAAGGUUUGACGGCCUUCCACAAGUUCUGCGUAAAGAGCGUCUGUCUGGACACUGUUACUGGGAGGCUGAAUGGAGUGGGUUGGGUGAUAUGGUGGUGUCAUAUGAAGCAUUUGGCAGGAAAGGAAAAGGUCCUGAGACCAAGUUUGGAUGA